AUAUUUUUGUCCUUUAUAAGAAACAAACCCUUUUUUUCCUUUCUUCUUUUUUUCUUUAUAAGAAACAAAAUUGUCACAGUUUUGUGAGUUUUAGAGAAAUAGCUCAAAAGAUCAUUUGCUGGACUCUCGGAGACAAGACCAUUUGCUGGACACUCACCAGUCGCACGAAAUGGAACAAAUAUUCCCUACGCUGACUAAUCUUCCAGCACAGAUUGCUUCUCAUCUACAAUCGAUGAUUAGUUGCUUGGAGAAUUUGGACUUGAGUGCUCCCUUGCCUCAGUACCUCAGUCAUGAACACAUCUUUGAGAUUCGGGAUUCAACAAACAGGUUACGCUGUCUGUUCAAGAGAUUUAGGGAUGAUGAUGAAGAAGCAGCUAGAAAAGAAGUGGCGGUUUAUCUGUUGGAUCAUCCACCAAACAGCCACAGAUCAUUGUCUGAAACUGUUUAUGGCUUUGCUGGAGUCCGGCCAACCGUUUUUGUGAGAUUCCGAUGCAACAGUGAAGUGGUGAUGGGAAUCUUGGUUGAGUUUGUUGACGAGGCUUAUGUCAUUGAUCAGGAUUAUUAUCACUGGCCUAUAAGCACCGACGACAUCCAGAGUAUAGUGUUACUUGACAUCAGGUUUGGAAACAUGGACCGCAACAGGGAAAACAUCCUUCUCAAAGAAGACGAGGGCGUAGCUCAUCUGAUACCCAUAGACCACGAGUGCUCAUUUGCCAAUGAGGUACAGGCCUACAACUGUGCUGGAUUUGCUUGGUUGAAAUCAAAGGACUUUGGUGAUUACGGUGUUGCAUUCUCUCCUGAUUGUGUCACUUAUGUUUCACAACUCGAUCCUGGUGCUGAUUUGGAGUUUCUGAGGCACUGUGGAUGGGAAGUUGAACCUUACUACGUUGAACAACUCACCAUCUUCACAAUGUUCUUGAAGAAAGUAGUGUCCAAAGGUCUUACUGCGUUUCACAUCGGCAAAAUUGCUUCAUUUUGGUGUGAUGAUGAAAGGCAUAACCUGCAGGCCAUAGUUGAUAGCGUUGUGGAAGAAGGAAAUUACAUUGAGAAUGUGGGUAUACGCAUGGAAGAGCGUCUCACAGAAUAUGUGAUGCUGAAUAUGCCCUAGUAGAAGAUUACAAGAUAGUCUUGUUUGUUCAAUCUAUAUCCUUAGUUUCUGUAAUCUCUACUUUCCUUUUUCUUAGGUAAAAAAUCUUUUUAAUAAUUUGUAUUUUUCUCUAGUGGUUCCGUAACUUCCGUUAUUAAUUUAGUUGCUCCAAA